UUUCUGUUUGGGUAUUCGGAUGUUUCAUCAGCCGAUCGAAGUCAUCGCGAACACAUAGUAGCUACUAUGCAUGAUGUAUUGAAAACAAGUGAUAUAAGGAGGAGUUGACUCUAAACUGCUGUAAGGGGCGGCGAUUAUAUUUGUUCCAGUGGGAUCGGGGAGGUUGAACAAUUUUUAAUCCGCGUGGAUAGAGAUUUCCUCUUAUCGAUGGUAGAGAAGACGUUGGAAUCGUUUAUUGUAUCGAGAACACAGGAAGAGAUUUUAAUAUUUUCCCCACCUGAAUUACACAAAAGAGCUUUACAUGAUAGAAUAAAGAUACUAGUGUUCUCGCAGACAGCGCUGACUUAACUGUGCUUCACUUUUUAUAUCGAUGGGUUUCUGCUUUGAAUUGACUACUUGGAUUUUAGAAACGUUAGAUACUUUUCCGGUUGAAGUGGAUGCUUUGAAGGACUCGCUGAUGUUUAUCUCGUGAUUGGAGACGUAUCUUUGCGAAGACCGAGUUUUAAAUACUUUACCUUUCGUUACUUACAGAAUCGACACCUCAGUUCCUGAAGCAGUGUUCAUAUUGUAUGAAGGAUGCGCACAGAGAGUAAUAAUAAUGCGCCAGUGACAGAAACAGAUGGGAAUCCCGAUUCAAGUGAAAAUGAAAAGACGGGGGUAAGAGUGGUAGACACGCAGCCGGAGGCCACGAAAUGCGAAGUGCAGAUUGCUAACCCUGAGCACCACGCUGCCGGUGCAAAGGAGACACAUCUCAAAGAGAAGCAUGAUGCCGCACAGCUGAUCGAGACAGGAUGCCAAGAAAAAACUCCGGCAUCACCAAGCGCAGGUCCCGACCCCGAAUUCGUGCCUCCAGAAGGUGGUUUCGGCUGGCUGGUGGUCCUGGCCGCCACUUGGUGCAAUGGGUCAAUCUUUGGAAUUCAGAACUCGUUUGGCAUUCUACACGUGAUGCUCGUGAAAGACCACCAAGAAGCAGACGACCAAGCCUCGCAGUUUAAAGUAGCCUGGGUGGGUGCUCUGGCCAUGGGCAUGAUUUUCUUCUGCUCCCCUGUUGUCAGCAUGUUUACAGACCACUUCGGUUGCCGGAAGACUGCUGUCUUGGGGGCGGUCGUGGCAUUCAUCGGGUUGCUGACCAGCUCCUUUGCAACGUCUCUGGGAUUGCGUUACUUCACUUAUGGGAUACUCUUUGGCUGCGGUGCCUCUUUUGCCUUCCAGCCUUCCCUGGUUAUCCUUGGGCAUUACUUCCGCAGACGACUAGGACUGGUCAAUGGAGUGGUGACAGCAGGCAGUAGUGUUUUCUCCAUGGGCCUGCCUGUCCUGUUGAAGGAGGUGGUGGAGCCUCUGGGCUUGAGGGCCACGUUCCAGAUUCUCAGCACCUUCAUGCUGGUCCAGGCCUUGUUGGCUCUCACCUUCCGCCCCUUGCUGCCCAUAGUCCCUGACACCACCAGGUCCCCGCUGGCUGACACUGCGAGCUGCUGGCACAGAAGCCUGGCCCAGAUCAGGAAGUACUUCAACCUACGGGUGUUCCGCAUAACCACCUACAGAGUGUGGGCAUUUGGAGUGGCCACUGCUGUUCUGGGUUAUUUUGUGCCAUACGUUCACUUGAUAAGUUAUGUGAAAGAACAAUUUAAAGAAACUCAGAAAGAAUGGAUUCUAUUGGUGUGCAUUGGAGCAUCAUCAGGAGUGGGCCGAUUAGUGUUUGGUAAAAUAGGAGAUCUCAUUCCAGGAGUGAAGAAAAUCUACAUGCAGGUGGCCUCCUUUUUGGUACUUGGUCUGAUGUCCAUGAUGAUACCUCAGUGCCGUGUGUUUGAGGGGGUUAUCGCUGUUUGCCUCUUUCUGGGGUUGUGCGAUGGCUGCUUCAUCACCAUCAUGGCCCCUAUUGCCUUCGAGCUCGUGGGACCAAUGCAGGCUUCCCAGGCCAUUGGCUACCUCUUGGGUCUCAUGGCUGUGCCAAUGACUGCAGGCCCUCCCAUUGCAGGGCUGCUCCAUGACUGGUUUGGAAACUACCACGUGGCAUUUUACCUUGCGGGUGUCCCACCGAUGGUUGGGGGCGUGGUGCUCUUCUUUGUCCCAUAUGUGCAUGGGCAGUUUCAGAGACCCAAACCAAGGGAUGAUCCCAGCAAGAGCAAAAUGUUGCCCCCCAGGAGCUCAGCCAAUGGGGAGCUUCUGCCUGGGUUCACUGACAUAGAGACUCACAUCUGAAGUGUCUUGAUGAAGAAAGGGAUUCCAUCCACCAGCAAUAUAUGACCAUUCCCAGUUGUGUUUCUGUGCGUCCUUGUAUUCCUAUGGAAUGACAGACCCAGGUCAUUUUUCAGAUGUACUGUACUCUCAACUGCGUGACCAUAACUCAGGAGCAGCAACUACUGGUAGAAAGCACUUUGUGGAUGAAGACAUUUAAUAACCUUGUCUCAAACAUGACCAUCAUCUUUUGAAUUAUAUGAAGGCAUUUUCACAUGGCCAGAUUCAUCAGACUGGCACUAGACUGCAGUGUGAAACAAGGAUAAAAGUAACAUAAAUAUGUAUUGGUUAGGUCCAACUUUUCAAGUUAUUCUUAAUUAUCUACUUUCACUUAGAAUAGGCUAGAUUUUGCCAUUGUGUUUCUUCUGAUGUUGUAAUUAAUCUAUAUUAAUUUCCUACUUAAACCAAGUAUAUAUAUAUAUGUGUGUAUAUAUAAAAGUUAAUAUAAGUCCAAUGUUAUCAAUCUUUCUAGAAUUCUCAAAAACAGAAACAUGUUCAUUAAUUUUUGUUUGAACAGGACAUGUUUCACUGACUGGACAAUCCUUUUGAAAUACAGUAUGCAGCAACACAUUAUAAACCUUCAGUAUAGCAGCUACUUUGGGUUUCUGGAACCUUUCAAAAUACCAGUAUAGAGGGUGACAUUUGCCAAGUUUUUAAGUUGUAGUUUUUUUUUUAAGUUUUAACCACAAUAAUAAGUGUUUUGAGUCUUAACAUCAAAUAACAUCUAUUUAGCAUUUUCCUGUUGCACAUUGCCCAGAUCUUUCACAUAUAGUCUUUUUUCUCCUCUCAGGUGUUUCAUUUUAGGAUAUUCAUUAACUAUGAUAUACAGAAUCGCAUUUUACAUCACAGAAAUUAGAUGUCAGAUGUGCCCUUUUUGUGGAGUAUUCUACUUUGUCUCAGAAGGACAUUUUAUUUUCUUUGCUGAGUAACACAAGGCUAUUAGAAAGAACAGGAGACUAUAAUUUUUUAUAUAAAACACCUUGCAACCAAAAGUUUGUAAUGGAUAAAGCAGAAUGUUGGUUUAAUUCAACCUCUUUUCUUAGGGCAUGUAAGGAUAGGGGCUGAACUAGAAAUGCCUGUAGAGACUAUGAGACAUUCUGCUAGAAUGCAGCAAUACCUUGUUAAUGCAUUGCAAUAAAGAGAUCAAUGCUGGAAAAACAAAUUGACUUUAGGAAAAAAAUACUGUACCUUCUAUUCAUGGUUGCAAUCCCCUGCUUUACCAGCUAAUUAAAUGCUGUAGGAAUUCAAUAGGGGGCAGUUUGAAAAACAAACAUGUUUAAUGCUAAAUGCUAUGUGUUUUUGCGAGUUCAUGCAGAAUGCUUCAGACAAUCAUGAAGAGUCUAAUUCCAGAUUGUUGUCCAAUUUGUCCAGCAAAUAUUUUGAUCUGAGAUUUUUUAAUCUUUCCACUUGGGGUUUAGACAUGCAUUACAUUAAAACACACCUUGUUAAAGUAUUUAAUGCAACGCUAUGUCACUUAAUAUUUAUCUCUAUCUGGACUUUGGUGCAGUUUUGAAACUGUGAAUUAUGGCAUUUUUCUUAAUCAUAUGGAAAACUAUUCAGGGAUUAUUGGCGUUUCUCUGACCUGCAACCCAGAACUGGAUGAAGCAGUUAGAAAAUGGAUGGAUGGUACUUAAUUGGUUUGGCUCGUAUUCAUCCUGUUGUAGCCAGUUUGUAAAUCCUAGCUGUUUUAAAUCUGAUAAAGUGCCAUUUACUCAGGGUGUUCCACAGGGUUUUCUGCUGGGAUCUUUAUAAUUUACCAUAUAUACUGUAUGUUGCCAGUUGGUUAAAAUAUUCACCCACAUGAUUUACUUACAAAGUGACUUGGAUAAUACUGCUGAGGUUUCUGUGCUUUAGAUCUGCUUGUCUGAUUAAGAUCGAGAUGCAACGUCCAAACAACAGCUCCACAAAGUUGAGAUUUUCAGAGUCUUUGUUGAUGGUGCUAAUACCUUUUCCAUCUGCAUACUGUACCAUUGCCAGGGUAAGGUCUUUUUUUGUCUAUAUUAUGCUGAGAAGUCAAUGUAAGCCUUAAUUUAAUCAAGAUUGGUCUACUGUAACACCCUAAAUACCUGGGGGUAUUUUAAAAGAUCAGCAUUUAAUACACUUCACUGUAUCCGAAUAAAGAGGCACAUCUAGUACUAAAUAUGCAUAACUGCACUUAACUGAAUCACCACUUAACUUCUGUUCUCUGUAAAUUGCAAUGACUUCCUGUGAAAUUAAGCAAGGCCUUUAAGGUUCUCCUGUAUUCAUAUAAGGCACCAGGUUACCUUAAGAACUUAUUGCAUGAGUACAGUCCUACAUUUAAUCGAAGGUCUACUGAUCCAGGCUAUUCAAAUCCAUUAGAAACUGUUCUUAAAUACCUUAAUGUAUAAAUUUUGUUUUAUUCUAGGAUUUAUUUGGUUUAUGUAUUGUGUGAUUUUGUAUAACUUCUGGUAUGUUUAAUAGUUCUUAUUUAGAAAAUGAUUUAGAAAUAAAAUGAAUUAGAGGCACUACACACUCACUACCAUGAUGGGCUGUAGAAUGUUAUCAUCCAUUCAAUACUGGAGGUUUAAUAUACAGUAUAGGUAUAAUUUGGGGAAGUAGAAAAAUGCUAAUUAUAUUUUUUCCUACUUCUCAAUAGUUCCUCCCUGGGAAAAGAAAACAGAAAAUACCCAUGCUUUUAAAUCUACUUUAUAUGUAAUAUAUUUGUAAAUAUAAAUAUCUGACCCUCCUCAUAGAAUGGAAAACAUAUACUGUAUGUAUAAGGAGAAAGUCAAUGUCUUUAGUGUGAAAAGUUUUUUUUUUAUUGAAAGAUGGAAGAAAACAAAAACUGAAGGUUCCAUACCUUGCACCUGACUUUUCUAAAUUAUAAUAGUUAAUUUGAUGUUACUCUUGCUAUUUAUUUUCAAAUUAACUCUCAACCAUUUUACCAUUUAUGGUGUAAUUUACUUGCUUACCACUGCAGACCCUGCUAUAUCACUAGCUGAUCUGGCUCUGACCUUUCACUGUGUGUGUACACUAUCUCUUUCUUCCAGGUAGUUGGUGACUAAUACUGAGCCACUAGGGUGGUCUUGGAACCACGAAAACUUAACCUCCACUAAUGGCACAAAUCACUAAGUGGAACACUAGGUGCUUUUCCAUCAUGACCUUUAAAACUGUUUAAUUCUGCUUAAAAUGUAUCCUGUGCUGUUCUUUCCCCUGGCACUUUAAAAACUAUGUUUUUAAACAGAAAAGCAUGUUAAUACUGAAACUCUUUUCUGCAUUGGCUAAUUUUUUAGCAGAACACAGAAAAUUCAUAACAUGAGUUAUACAUAGUGAUUAUAACAAGGUGCAUCUAGAUUUGUACUAUAAAUGAACUCUAUCAAUAAGAAAAUGAUAUAUGUUUUAAACAUUUUCUUGCAAGGAUUUAGAAGGUUAAUGAGGACCUUUAACUGAGUGAGUGGGCAUGAUCAGUGGAUUAGGCUCAAAAAAUUAAAUUUUUUAAGAAAUUUGAGGGAUGUGGAGGAAAAGAAGAAAGCUAGAAACUGCAUAAAUCAGAGUGUUCUGGCAUGUAAGUGUAAUAUUCAUAUUAUGAACUACACAUGUCUAU